CUAGACAAAAAAAAUAAAGCUGCAGCCUGCAGGCCGCAUAGACCUUAUCUCGGAGGAGUCGGAGCCCACCGUGCCUCAUCCGUAUUGCUCGUCACUGUUCCGGCCAAAACUUCAGCGGUCCUUCUUCUCUAGCUUGCUCUUUUUUUCCUGUCUGUUUGCACUAGCGCUUAUUAGCAUGCGUGAGGUUUUGAUUCUUUGAACUCGAAUUACAACCAUUAGUUAGUUCGUUCUUAAUUGUUUUGGUUGAAAAUGGAGAUAAUAGUGCCUACGAAGCAAACCCACGAUUUUUUUUGCUCAAAUUGCUGUUAUCAUGAAGGAAGUUUUAGAGCUCACUCCUUUGAGGUCAAAGGUCGAUGUGUUACUAUCCGUUUUACAAAUUUGCUUUCAAGUUCUCUUAGUGGACUGAAAAAACUGGAACGUAAUUCAAAACUUCGGCGAGACAAGGUCUUUGCUUUAUCAAGUACUGAAAUUAUAACGACCAAUAACAGUAGUAAUAACCUUGAGAGCAAUUACCACCUUAGGAAGCUGGUGUGUGAUGGUAAAUUGGGGGAAGGUUUUAGACACCUUUUGACCAUGAUUGGCCGAGGCGAAAUCCCGGAUGUGCAUAUGCUUGAGAAGUUGGUUAGGGGUUUUUGUGGAAAUGGGCAGACUAAGAUGGCCACUAGUGUAAUGAAGAUUUUAGAGGGUUCAGGGGUGGAUCCUGAUGUCAUCACCUACCAGGCCUUGAUUGUUGCACAUUGUAAGGCGGGUGAGUUUCAUGACGCCUUGAAUAUCUUGAAGAAAAUGACUGUUUCUCCUGAUAUUGUCACAUACAACAAGAUCCUCAGACCUUUAUGCCGGAAUGGAAGACUUAAACAGGCUAUGGAGGUUCUUGAUUUGCAGCUAAAGUGGAAAUGUUACCCUGAUGUAUACACUUAUACCAUUCUGAUUGAGGCAAUGUGCAAGGGUAGUGAUGUCCAGCGGGCGAUGAAGUUAUUUGAUGAUAUGAGGAGUAUGGGAUGUAGGCCGAAUGAAGUGACAUGUAACAUUCUGAUUAAUGCAAUUUGCAAGAGCGGGCAUUUGGACAAAGCGAUUGAGUUUUUGAAUGAGAUGCCAUCAUAUGGGGUCCAUCCAAAUGUGAUCACUCUCAACACUAUUUUACGUAGCUUGUGUACCACCGAUAGGUGGGAGGAAGCUGAGAGGCUGUUUGGAGAGAUGGCUAGGAAAAAGAACAUUUCUCCGAGUGUCGUCACCUUUAACAUCCUUAUCAAUUUCUUGUGCCGGAAGGGCAUUGUGAGAAGAGCGAUUGACCUGUUGGAGAAAAUGCCAAUGCACGGUUGUACUCCCAACUCAUUGACUUACAAUCCAAUAGUUUAUGCUUUUUGUAAGGAGAAAAAGAUGGACAGAGCCAUUGAGUAUCUAGAAGUGAUGGUUUCCCAGGGGUGUUACCCUGAUAUCGUGACCUAUAACACACUACUCAAUGCCCUUUGCAAAGAUGGGAAGGUUGAUUUGGCAAUUAAAAUCUUUGACCAACUGAGCACGAAACAUGAAUGUUCUCCUGUGCUUCAAACUUACAAUGUGAUUAUAUAUGGGCUAGCAAAGGUGGGCAAAACGAAGAUGGUCAUAGAGCUGUUAGAUGAGAUGAUGAAAAAGGGUUUCAAACCCAAUUUGAUUACCUACACUUCGCUCAUCUGGGGGCUUAGUAGGGAAGGGAAUGUAUAUAAAGCCAUCGAGUUGUUUCGUGACUUGGGAGCGUUCGGUGUCGUACCUAAUUCUAUCACUUACAAUGGUGUAAUAUUUGGACUUUGCAAAAUUCGCCAAACAGACCGUGCAAUUGACUUCUUGGCUGAUAUGGUGUCAAGGGGAUGUCAACCGACUGAAACUACUUACAUUAUUCUCAUUAAAGGUCUAAUGAAUGAAGGGUUUGGGAAGGAAGCUUCGGAAUUGAUGAAUGAGUUGUGCACAAUAGGAGUUGUAAAGAAGGGGCCUACUGAACUGGUAAAUCAAAAUAGUGUUGUUACUACGUUUUGAAUGGACAUUAUGUUUACUACGAGUUGUAAAAUAAACAAUCACUUCUUGGCCUUUCUUUUAUUUUCAAGGUAAAGCCUAUCAUACUUCGUAAUAAAAUAACUUUCCUCGAA